CUUUUACACGAUUCCCUCUUCCUCCUCCUCCACAGCCCUCCCUUCUUCCCACGCCCCAGUGCGCUGUGGGAUAGUGCCACUAUAAAGUAUACCCUCUCUCGGUGAAAGAUAAGAAGCCCGAGACAGGAGGGGGAUGAAGAUGGCGGACGCCAAGCAGAAGAGGAAUGAACAGUUAAAGCGGUGGCUGGGCUCAGAAACGGACCAGGAGCCUCCUGUAUUCAAAAAGAAGAAGACGAAGGUGAAGUUCGAUGAUGGCGCCGUGUUUUUGGCCGCCUGCUCGAGCGGCGAUACGGAGGAGGUGCUCCGUCUACUUGACCGGGGCGCCGACAUCAACUACGCCAACGUAGACGGUCUCACCGCUCUCCACCAGGCAUGCAUAGAUGACAACGUUGACAUGGUGACGUUCCUGGUGGAGCAUGGAGCCAACAUCAACCAGCCUGACAACGAGGGCUGGAUCCCCCUCCACGCCGCAGCUUCCUGUGGAUACCUAGACAUAGCAGAGUACCUGAUCAGUCAGGGGGCUAAUGUCGGAGUUGUAAACAGCGAGGGUGAGACUCCUCUGGACAUUACUGAAGAGGAGGCGAUGGAGGAGCUUCUGCAAAAUGAGAUCAACCGACAAG